CUCUCUCCGCUAUCUCAGAAUUCACUUCCGCACCAUCACACUUGGACACCCGCACUCUACUCUGCUCUUCAUGGAGGAACGGCGCACAUCGACCUCGACCAUCUCGUCGUCGCCUGGCGACGACGCCACACCGCUUCUUCCUUACGUCCCCAUCCCCUCCCUUGACCGCCAAGCCGCUCCAGCCCGCAAGCGCAAGCCACAUACACGCACCAAAACCGGCUGCCGCCGGUGUCGACAGCAGCGCGUCAAGUGCCCCGAGGGACCUGUCGGGCCGAGCGGGCGGCAAGUGAUCUGCCGGCGAUGCUGGGAGACGGAUCGCCCGUGCUAUUACCCUGCCAAAGGGGUGAAGCGGGACCGCAACUCGGAGGAGGCGUGGGAGCGGGCAGAGGAUGUCGAUGAGUGGAGAUGGGGCAAUGGUGUGCCGUCAGGUGGCGGCGGCCGCGAAGUGGGUGGUGGUGACGGUGGUUAUGUCCCACAACUGCAGCCCGCGCAGCCAGUCGGCGGAGACCUCGGCGCUCUGAGUUUUGGCCUCGGGCAAGCGCUUAUCGACACAGCGCCGCCCGAGGGUUUUGACUGGUCAGUCCUAUUUGCGCCUGCCCCGCCCGCGCCGCCUCAACAUCAACAGCAGCAGGCGUCGAUUUUGCCGCUGGAGGACGAUGAGGAACGGCAGCACCAACAGGAAGAACAACAGCGGCAACACCAGCAACAACACCAUCAGCAGACAUCGCAUGCGCGCCAAAACCAGAAUCUCCUCCAGCUGGUCGGCACCGGGGCCUACUCUCCGUCUUCGGCGCGUGUCGCCCUCCCUUCUGCCCCGGAGCCGGCCGCAGCGUCGCUCCCGCAAAGCUUCAUUAACUCGCUGCUCGGCCCGUCCCCGCUGAACGGCAUGGUCGCACCGAUAACGCUGGCGGGCUUGUCGACUUCGCAGAAUGACCGCCUCAUUGUUAACUACUUUGAGGUUGAGGGCUGUAACGAGAUCGUCUCAACACCCAAGUCGAAGCAUAACUGGAUCUUUAUGGAAUUGUUUCCGCGCCUCCUCGCUUCGCUGGCGGCGCAGCCGGCGGGAUCGCCAUCGGACGAUGCUGACGGCGCUGUUCGCCAAUGGCUCCACCUUUGCCUCCUGCAGAUCGCGUAUGUCCACCGCGCCAAUAUUGAGCUGGACGAGGCCAAGUCGUGGCACUUCCGCUCCGAGGCCGCUCGUUUCCGACAGAAGGCGAGCUACGCGAUCCUCCGUGCCAAGGUUAAGUGGCCUGGCGGGCAGUGGAAGACGGAGGAGUAUCUCAUGGGCUUCUUCAUCCGCUGCAUGGCAGACAUGCUCGACUCGGGGAAUCUAGCGCUUGACAGACACACGGCGUUCGAGCUGCCCCUCGAGCGGGCGACGCCCUUCUACAGCAGCCUGCGCGACAUGAUUGCGCUCUACUCCACGCUGCAGUUCGCAUGCACCUCAAUCGACAUGCAGCUGGGAAGCGCCGCACCGCUGAUCGACAUGCAGCUUGGGAGCGUCGCGCCACUCUUUGAAAUGCCUCCCAGGGGCGAGGAGUGGGUCGAGCGCUUCGUCGGAUUCAGCCGCCGCAUCGUGCGCAUCAUUGGCCGCAUCAACGGCAUGGUGGUGUAUCGCGCCGGUCUGAUCCGCGCCGGCACACACAACGGGGCACCAGGUAAACUCCUGCGCGCCGAGGCGGAGCGGCUGGCUAGCGAGCUCGGCCAGAGCUGGGACUGGGACGAGAACGCCCAGGAGAUCGGGCAAAGUGAGCGCGUCCAGCGUGGCGACGAGGUCAUGCGCCAGGCCCUCCUGGUCCUGCUCCUCUGCGAGGUCCUGCACGUGCCGCUGGACGACCCGAGAAUCGCGACUGCAGCUGACCGCGCCGUCGAGCUCGUCGUCGACUGCGAGCCUGCGAGCGUCGGCGGCUUCCAGUGGGCACUCACGAUCUUCGCCAUUUACUGUCGGGACAACGAGCGGCGCGAGCGCAUCCAAAUCCUCAUCCGCCAAAUCCUCGCCCUCUCCUUUGGCAGCGGGUAUCGGGGCCCGGACGACAUCCUGCGCCUCUGUUGGGAGGCACUGGACCGGAACGGCUCGUACGAGAAUGGUAUUGCGCCGUGGCGCGAGGCCCUGGGCGCGCUGGGGCGCAACCUGUUCAUCUAAUUGCUGUCCGGGACGUUGGAGAAUCUGACCGUAGUUGUACAACGACGUGGAUAGAGUCACAUUGCCCUUCAUGGUGUGGAAUGCGCGGUCUCAUUUGUAGCCUAUUGUGAUAUGGAAGUUGGGGUGUGCCACCCGCUAG